CUCCCUCCCCUCCUCCCCCCUCCGGCACCCAGCAAUUUCGGUUGCGCCCUGGACCUGCUAGUUCCUGGUCGGCUUGUAGGCCCUCAGCGCGGCGAGAAGGGAGGGCGAGGGGCGGGAGUGCGAGGAACUGCUGCGGAGAGCGGAGGAAGGGAGGGGGCGGGCAUGUCGCCAGGAGUCGUGUAGCCCCCGGAGCAGCGCCACCAACACCACCCGCCGCCUCCUUCUCCUCAUCAUGAUCAUAGAGAACGUGGACGCGCUCAAGUCCUGGCUGGCUAAGUUAUUGGAGCCAAUAUGUGAUGCUGAUCCUUCAGCACUGGCUAACUAUGUUGUGGCAUUGGUGAAGAAAGAUAAACCAGAGAAAGAGUUGAAGGCUUUCUGUGCUGAUCAACUAGAUGUCUUUCUACAAAAAGAAACAUCAGGUUUUGUCAAUAAACUCUUUGAGAGCCUGUAUACCAAGGAUUACCUAGCCCCCAGUGAACCAGCAAAACCAGAGCUGAAGCCUGCAGGUCAGGGGAAAGAAGAAAUCAAAGAGGAGACAUUUCAGGAAUCUUUUGAAGAAGAGCGGGAGAACAAAAAGAAGAAAUACACUAGCCCACAGAAAAGUCGUUCAGAUCCUAAUGAGCAAAGGAAUAGAGAGAGAAAAAGAGAUGAUGGUAAAUGGAGAGACUAUGAUAGAUACUAUGAGCGGAAUGACCUGUACAGAGACAAAUACGACUGGCGAAGGGGAAGAAGUAAGAGUCGCAGCAAAAGCAGAGGGCUCAGCCGGAGUCGCAGUCGCAGCCGAGGGAGAAGUAAGGACCAGGAUGCAAACAAAGACAGGGAUACAAACAGAAGUGUUGAGCACAGAGAGCGAGCUAAAUUCAAAUGUGAAAGGAGUGACAUGGAGAGCUCAUACAACUCAGUGUCUUUGUCUUCCAUUAACCCUACUGAGCAGUAUUCCUCUGGAGCACAGUGUAUUCCCAGUGCUGUGACUGUGAUUGCACCUGCUCACCACCCUGAAAACACAACAGAAAGCUGGUCAAAUUACUACGGCAAUCACUCUGCUCCUAAUUCCUUUGGCAGGAACGCACCGCCAAAGAGGCGUUGUCGAGAUUAUGAUGAGCGGGGUUUUUGUGUCCUUGGGGACCUCUGUCAGUUUGACCAUGGAAAUGACCCACUAGUCGUAGACGAGGUAUCUUUGCCCAGCAUGAUUCCUUUUCCUCCACCACCACCGGGACUUCCUCCUCCUGGGAUGCUGAUGGCACCCACACAAGGCCCAGCUCAUAGCAUGCGAAUGCCAGGCCCACAAGUGCAUCCUCGGCCGCCACCACCUGUUCGGAUUCCUAUGCCAAGGCCUCCUUUAUCACAGUCCAGUUUGAUCAACAGUCGCGACCAGCCAGGGACAACUACAGUGCCUAGCCUUGCACCAGCAGGAGCAAGACUACCUCCUCCAUUACCCCAAAACCUACUAUAUUCAGUAUCAGAACAUACAUAUGAACCAGAUGGCUAUAAUCCAGAAGCCCCUAGUAUUACCAGUACAGGUAGAUCUCAGUAUAGGCAAUUCUUUUCAAGAACACCAAUGCAGCGUCCAAAUCUUAUUGGAUUAACAUCUGGGGAGAUGGAUACAAAUCCAAGAGCUGCUAACAUUGUCAUCCAGACUGAGCCUCCAGUUGGCAUUCCAAGUAACAGCAGCAACAUGUCCAGGGUGGUGCUUGAGCCGGACAACAGGAAGCGAAUUUCAAACACAAUAGAAGGACCGUCUCCAAAGAAACCCUGGGCUGGAAAGCAAGCAAAUAACAACCAAAAUAAACCAGGAUUCCUGAAGAAGAACCAGUAUACAAAUACAAAAUUGGAAGUUCGUAAAAUACCACCAGAACUGAACAAUAUUACUCAACUUAAUGAACAUUUCAGCAAAUUUGGCACAAUUGUGAACAUCCAGGUUGCUUUCAAGAAUGACCCUGAAGCUGCUCUAAUUCAGUAUUCAACAAACGAUGAAGCCAGAAAAGCUAUUUCAAGCACAGAGGCUGUGUUGAACAACCGGUUUAUACGGGUCUUGUGGCACCGGGAAAACAGUGAGCAGCAGCCACUACAGCCAUCCCAGCAGCACCAGCAGCAGACGCCUCCACCGCUUCCUCACCAGCUUCACCUGCAGCAUCCAAUGCCAACACAGGCUCCGGCUGUAACAGUUCACAGCAGUAUGCCAAAGGUGACUAAGCCAAUGCCAGCGGGUGCCUAUGUCCUUAACAAGGUUCCAGUUAAGCAUCGGCUUGGAGCCAGUGGUGGAAAUCAGCCAGACACUCAACAUCUGAUGCUUAACCCGUCUGGUGCAUCUGCAGAGGAGGCUCAGGUAUUUCCUACAUCAGUUGGCCACACAAAAAUGGUUUACAGUUCCUCCAACAUGAAGACAUCUAUGAAAUCUGGUACAGGAAACAAAUCUCAUGAUGUCCAAGAAGUUCUUAAAAAGAAGCAGGAAGCAAUGAAACUGCAACAAGACAUGAGGAAGAAAAAACAGGAAAUGCUAGAGAAACAAAUAGAAUGUCAAAAGAUGUUAAUAUCAAAAUUAGAAAAGAAUAAAAACAUGAAACCAGAGGAAAGAGCAGAGCUCAUGAAGACAUUGAAAGAACUAACAGGAAAAAUUUCUCAGUUGAAAGAUGAAUUAAAAACCUCAUCUCCUGCUUCAACAACAUCAAAGUUAAAGUCGAAAACAGAGGCACAAAAGGAACUUUUGGAUGCAGAGCUGGACUUUCAUAAAAGACUAUCUUCAGGGGAGGACACAACAGAAUUAAGGAAAAAGCUGACCCAAUUACAAGUGGAGGCUGCCCGUUUAGGCAUCUUGCCUGUUGGUCGUGGUAAAGCGGUGUCUUCUCAAACCAGAGGCCGAGGACGGGGGCGUGGAGGGAGAGGGAGAGGUACAGUGAAUCACAUGGUCGUCGACCACCGUCCCAAAGCACUGACCAUCGGAGGCUUUGUGGAAGAGGAGAAAGAUGAACUCCUUCAGCAUUUUUCAAAAUUUGGAGAUAUUGAAGGCCUUCAAGAGGAGGAUUCACCUUUAAGUGUUGUUCUGACAUUUAAAUCCCGCUCUGAAGCUGAAAAUGCUGCCAACCAAGGGUUGAAGUUCAAAGACCGCCGACUUCAGAUAUCGUGGCAUAAACCCAAGGUACCUUCUGUGUCCACAGAAACUGAGGAAGAGGAACCCAAGGAAGAGGAGACAGAAACUUCUGAUUUAUUUUUGCCUGAAGAUGACGACGAUGAUGAUGAAGAUGAAGAUGAAUCUCGUUCCUGGAGAAGAUGAAACUUGAAGUGGAAUCAUAUAGUUUUAGAAUUGUUUGAACUGCAGCUUUUAAAAAAUUAUUUAAAGGAAGUCAAUGAGCCAAAAAAAACCUUGUUUUUGUUUUUCUUUUCAUAUACACAAGAGAGAAAGUGUGAACUUGAUAGAUAAGCAGAUGAAUCCCCACGAUCAGCCAAAGGCCCAAAACUAACACAGAAUUGUAAAGAUGGUUAUGAUCAUCUAAAGAUAAAGUGUAUCCAUUUUCAAGGCUCAUAUCCAUUGAGUUUUUAAAACAAGAAUUGUUUUAUUCAUCUCCAAAUUACUUUACAAGUUUUAUUUAGUAAUGUGGAAUCUGAGAUGGGAGCUCUCUGAAAUUAAUUUGUGCAUCAACAUUUGAUUGAAAUUUGCUAAUUCAAAGGCCCCUUUGUUAAGUGAUUUAAAAUUAAGUUAUUUAGCUUAAGUAGCUUUAACUUCUCAGUUUCAAAAGUCUCAAAAUUGCACAUACUGUGGUUAAGGAAGAAGUCAGUUUUCCUACAUUCCUCCAACUGAGACCUAAUUCUUAAUAUAUUUAUAGUGCAAGACAAUUGUAACUAACUAGUUCCUGGUAGCACUGAUGGGAAUACAUCCACUGGUGCAGUUGAGCAAUCUCUGAUGCUGUAAAACUGUUUCAGUGGGACAUUUGUGGCCUCCUUCCUGCACAUGCCCUGUUUGAAAUGAACCACAGCAGUGCUUCAUGAACAGCCAGUAUUGAUUAAUGUGAAUGCACCCUUUUUGAAGAGCCUACUCAUUAGAACAGGGUUUUUUCCCUCUGUGACUAAAUUAGUUAUUUUUUUAGGUCAGUGCGGUAUUCUAAGCAAUUAAUGUUCUCUUUGGCCCAAGUCAAAACUAUAUACAGUUUAAAAUAAUGGAUACUAAAUCAGUGCAUGGAGUGGUAUUGUGCUUACACACAAUAACCUUUAUAAAAUGAAUGUUUUAAGUCGAGGAGAGACAGGUGAGACUGGUUUACUUAGACACAUUUUAUCUGCAUGUUGUUUUGAUUAUUAUUCAGUUUUUCUUAAAGCACCAGACAAUAACUGAUGUGGAUUGUAGCAAAAACCAAACUGUUACAUUUUACCGGACCAUGAGAACAGAUCUUGAUCUCUGGCUACUGUUAAUCCUAAACACAUUGUCUUGUAGGGCAUUGGCUUCAUUCUUAGUGCCUCUGUACUCUGCCACAGACAAUGCAUCCUAUUAUAGGAGAUUAUACUAUUACAUUCUGAUUUUUAAGAUCAAAAAAGUAGGGAAAAUAUAUAACUCUCACCUCCUGUGGUAUCAAAGCACUAAUGCAAGCAAAUAGAAAAAUGAGGGCAUAUUUCAUCCAAGUUUAUUACCGCUACUGAUACCAGGUUCACUCUUUGUAUCAGAUGUUCUAAGUCCCGACUUGCUACAUGAAAUGAAGCACUCUUUCUGUUUCUUCUUAUUUCGGAUACUGUUGUGGAUAUUGUGGUGUCUGAAUUCCCAGCUGGUAUCAAUUUAGGUUCCAGAGGUUAUUCUUGGAAAGGAAUGCAGUUUAUCAGUGGGUGUUUGCCCAUUAUGUGAAAGCCUUUUGUUUUCUAGACGAUGGCUACAUUUCUAACAAACCCAGUGAGUCCACGGAUAUUGCACAGCCUGAGAGGGCAUAGCCUUGCUCUUCUUCCAUCGCCUGUAAUGUUUGAAUGCCUGUGGCUUAGUUAUGUGGCCAUGUAUUGACCCAUCACAGCAAAAUGUUUGAAUUUGGACAGUUUAAUCAACUGAUAGAGGGAACAAAGGAUUUACAUAUGUAUGUGUAUAUAUAUUGUACAGGGUUUUUUCUUAAAGCUGUAUAAUUUUGUAAAUAAUUUUGCUUUUUUGUGUACUAAAACUACAAGCAUCUAGAUUUCCAUAAGAGUUCUUGUAUUUUUGUAUCUGGAAGAUUACAGUGGUUGAGUGAAGCUGUAAGAGAGAUUUCCAUAGCCCUUGGCUUAGUUAGACUGGAUGGGAUUCCUUUUCAUAUGGUUUUAAAUAACAUUUUGUUAGUGCACUGUUCAGAACAGGAUGAAUGUCCCUGCUCAAAGGGUUAGCCUUUUUUUAUGGAAAGAGGAGGGGGGAACCAGCUGGGGGAGAUUUUAUUUAAUCAUUUUUCCCAUUUUUAAAGGUAUCUUGACUCACAUCAAUCCUCUAGUGACAUCUUAAAUGUGAUUUCUCAAAUCAGAAGCACAAAACCAAGUUGGUGCCCCUGAACUCGUGUAAUGAAAGCAUACUAUUGUGUUACCAGGAAUAUAAGUAAUGGGCAUCAUAGUGGUAACUUGUUUAAUACAAAGGGAAAGGGGAAACUAGUUCAAAGUGACCUUCAUUUUGACUUGGCUGUGUAUCUCCCUAGGUCAUGUGUAUUAGAGGUUAGUAGGACACCAUUUGUGUUACUAGGUAGACUUUUUUUCUGGUAGCACUUUAUUUCUAAUAGCUAUGAAAUUGUCACUUUCACAUUCAUAAGCCAUAACCAACAUCAUAAUAUCAUAAAUAUACCUGCCGAGUGAUUUGAAAACUGUAAGUUGACCUGAAAUAAAACGUUACCACAUGUGGAGUAUAUCUCACUGACCACUUAGCAAUCUGUAGUCCCAUUGAAAUGCAGAAAAAUGCUACAACAGAAAUGGUCUGUGAAUCACUACCCUAAAGCUUUACAAAUGCGAAUGCUACUAGUAUAUAAAGUGUCAGUUUAACUGUGGUGUAAUUUUUUUGGUUUCUUUUUUAAUCCUUGAGCAUAAAAAAACAGUCAGCAUCUAAAAACUGAUUUGAAAAAAUGUAUGCCCACAUAACAGUGGAGAUGCUUCAACAGUUUUUAGCAAAAUCAUGUGAAAAGGAAUAUUAAAUUCCUCUCAGUGUAUAGUAAACUUGUACUAUAGUUUUUACAAGAUUGUGAACUUGUGUAAUAGUAUAUUAGGAGAUAUUGUUGGAUUUCUAACUGUUUAUACAUUUAAAUUCAUACAUGUAAUGUUUGUUUUAUUGAUUACACUCUGAAUUUCUAAGAUGCAUGUUGACUUUUUGCAAUAAAGAGAUAAUAUGGAAUGGUUUAAAAUUAUAAACAACAAAAAAGAUGUAAAACAAUUUGAACUGAAAUUUGAAGAAAUAACCAUUCCAAAAAAAACUUAUAAUCACUUAAA